CCCAAAUCAAAAGAGUCUGCGUCAGAGCUCCAAUUCCCCGAUUGGCCUCUGGCCGCCUUCCCAAAGCUCCCCAGAGAAUCCGUAAAGUGUCUGAGUGAAUUUCCCAAGCCCAAAAGUCAGGCCAUCUCGACAGCAACAGAGAUCCAGCAGCCCAAUCGGCUUCUAGCAGCAACUCCUAGCGACCUCCUGGAAUACCAGGGUGCCACACCCAUCGAGAUCUUCAACGAUCCCAGGCCCCAAGAAGCCAUUUGCAGUCUCACUCACUUCACGAGAAGUGUUUGUUGCUUGUGAUCACUGAUUUUACCCACCUCCCACACGUUAUCCCGCCGCCACGCUACCAGCAAAAAAAGUUACAGCCUCCCUCUGGUGUCCAUCUGUCUGUGUGUAUCUUCGGCCCGGCUCAACAACACCACCAUCCAUUUUUACCCUCUCUGGCCGUUGCUGCCAGUUGCCGAGACCGAGAUCGUCUUCCUGCAAAGUCGUCCGUUACUGUCAGCCCGCCCCUGUCUGGCUCUAAUAGGAAAGGAGAUUCUGCCACUGGACUGACAUUCAGUCUUCCUGAUGCUGCUCUUCGACACUACUCGACAAGGGCCCUAGGUACCUCCCAUAUUCUCCUCGAGCCCGCUUCCGACUUCCCGCGCUCUCUCUGUCUGUUUCUUGUACACUUCCUGUACAUAGCUCUCUCACACAUACAACCCGACAACAUCACCUUCCGCUCGUCAGCUACCGGCCUCAUAAACCGCAUCUGGAGCGAUACCUUCCGGGCCAGGUACACAGAGGCACUACGCUCGAAUACGGAUCUCGAAGGACUCGACGCCAUAGGCGCAAUAGCCCCCCUUUUCACUCGUUAUCGCCGCUAAAGUAAUACUAGACCUAGCGGUGUCGACUCGACCGUCACCUUCGCUGUGUACUUUUUUUUCCUGUCUUCUUCUUUAUCACUCCUAUUCCCCUGUUGGAAACCCUUUCCGGACUGCUCGCAACACGGCUACUUGCAUUGCAGCAUUUGUCCCACGAUAAUAGUUCGCUGUUCGCCACCCUGCAUUUCCCUAGAAUCUCCGACUGGGACCUCUUAAUUCAACCUACCUGUAUUUGCCAUCUUGUGGUAGCUCCAACAACCCUUGGCUAGGUGCUGCCAUAUCCGUCAGUGUUCGUGGUCUUACUACAUCUCGUGACUAUCGGCACCCGACUCCGACCCUCACCGUCGUCCGCUGCUGUGUUCAACCGCCAGCUCAUGAACAUCUACCCACUGCUGCGUCUCUGUGGCUGCUGAUCUUCUCCUCGGAAACUACCCGCCGCGCCUCAAGCAUCCAAGCCAGCCCCCGCGCUCGAUUACACAACACACUCAUACUCACAUUCACACUCAGUCACUCAGUCACUUACCUCACCGGUGAUUUCAACCAACUCAUUCUGUCGGCGCCUGCGCACCCUUCUUGAACUCGUCCAAAGCAAAGCAACCUUUUCAACCCAAUCCAGCAACUUUGCCACUCACUUCGGUCUUGGCACAGAUCGCCAAAGUCUGAACUGCGCACCUGCAAGCAUCCCGUUGUUCGUCUGGAGGCCAGACAAUACCAAGACCGAAACGAGGCUUGGAGUAAGACGCCUCUCGUCUCUCGAUUUGGGUAGACCUUUCGGCCUUGCCAUCACUUGACGGACAAGACCCCAUUUCUGCCAAACAAAUUCCCACCAAAAAAAAACCGUUGAACUUCUGGACGAAAAGUUUCAACACCAACUGGAUCCCGUCCCGGCGACUUUACCCCUUUUCUCUCAUCAGCCACGCCAAACGGCAUGCACACGCAACCAUGGACUCGGACCCGCUAAGACAUCUCGAGUUCUUUUCGAUGCCCAAUAACCAGACGGUCAACCCGGUCGACCAGCCAUUCAUGACCAGCACCUCGGCUCAGGCACCACCAAUAUGGGACACCACCGGUAUGGGCCUGGAAGGUGGCAUUUCUAUGUCACCUUCCACAGCACCAACCCCUCUGUCACUGGAUUCCAUCGCCCAGCCCUCCUCGCUCGCCGGCUUCAACAGUAUCUCGCCAGGCAUUUCUUCCGCAUCCCAAGCUUCAGCCCACAGCAGGCAGCCGCGGCCAGUAUUACCAGCACGAGGCGUGCGGAGGGACGCCCACGAGCGGAAACGGUCAAGGCUCAGUAUGGACGCAACGCCGCUAGAUUCUGUGGAUUACUGGCUGGAUUUCGACAAGGAUGAGGGGCUGGCCAGUAUUCCCGAGGGCGUUGAGGCUUCUAGACGUGAGGGAGAACUAAGACCACCUGUAAAGCGGAGUUCCAGAAACACUGCGCAUGCGGGGGGUAGGCUAAAACACGAGGAGACGAUGGACGACAGCGCGUUGGACAAUGCUCUCUCGGAUGACGACGACGACGAUGACGGGUUUUCUUCGAUUAAUCUUGCCGACCACAUGUCCAAGAUCGAAUCUGCGCCACCACCCGAGGUUCCGCCGCGGGAAGGGCUCUACUCGACGCCGCUUAGCUGGGAACGACCGCAGCCGGGCCUGCGCAUGGACUCUUUGAUUGGUCUUAACAAUCAGGCUUUGAACGAGGCGGAGCAGAGGAGGCUAAUAGCGAUUGCCAUGAAUCCGGGGUCGAGUAUGGGAGGGUUAGGGUCGAAUUUGAACUUGAAUUUUACGGGAUUGAACCCGGGGAUGAGCACACCUUUUACGGCAGGGGGUUCGGGCAGUGGAAGUUUGGGAAUGGGAAUGGGCAUGGGGAUGGGAAUGGGGAUGGGAAUGGGGAUGGGUGGCGGUAUGGGUGGUCCAAAACCAGUGUCACCGCCCCAUUCGACGACACCUCACCCGAAACCGGGAUCUUUGCACCAGCCAAAACGACAGGGCAGUGUCAGUGACAGCAAGGCCAAGGAGAAGGUCAAGGCAGCAGGAGGGGACCGGACGGCGCAUAAUGAUAUCGAGAGGAAAUACCGGACGAAUUUGAAGGAUAAGAUCUCGGAGUUGAGAGAUGCUGUUCCAUCGCUGAGGACAAUACCUGAAAAUGAGGAAGGGGAGGACCCGAAUCAGCCGUCGAGGGCGCCUAAAGUCAGCAAGGGUGCGGUCCUGACUAAAGCAACCGAGUACAUACACUGGCUCGAGCGUCGAAACAAGCAGAUCGUGCAGGAACACCGCGAGCUCUCGAGACGGUUGCAGGCCUUUGAACAACUUUUGAACGCGACGGCAAGACCGCAGUACAUGAUGCCGACGUAUAGUAGGACGCUUUUCGAUCCGAGAGGGUUCUGUUGACAUACAAAAACUAUCACCGCCAACAUCAUCACCAAUCAAGCUUUCUUUUAUUUCUUCAAGAAACACAUUUCUUGUAUAUACCACUUUUUUUUUUAUUCUUUUGUUACUUAAUUCCUACUCCCAUCAAAAAAUU